AUGCCAAGUCUAAAGCUGAUAUCUGCAACCGACACACAAUAUUCAACAGCGGUCCUCAAGUCACUGAAUGAGCAGCGAAAUAAUGGAUUGUUUUGUGAUGUCACCAUCGUCGUACAAGACAAGAAAUUCCGAGCUCACAGGACGAUCCUGUCUGCGUCCAGUUCAUAUUUUAACCAGCUCUUUAGCGUCGCUGUGCAGGUGGUCGAGUUGAACUUCAUCCGACCAGAAAUCUUUGAGCAGAUCCUCAACUAUAUUUACAGCUCCAGGAUUUUCCGAGUCCGCUCCGACAUGCUGGAGGAGCUCAUAGCUGCUGGCAAGGUGCUGGGAGUCAAAUUCAUUGCAAACUUGGGCUCGCCGCUGUCGCACGUUAAAGGCCUGCCUGGUUUGUCAAAGGAUCCCGAAAACAAAAAUGACACAUCCACGGAGAUUAUGCCGAUCAUCACAGAGUCUUUCUCAAUAUCCGCAGAGGAGUUCAAUCAGGCAAGCAAACCUGCGGGGAACGAGGAGGACUCGGACAGCGACGUGGUUUUUGUCUCGAGCACAGACACCUCACUUCCAAAAGCCAUCUCUGGGGAAAUCAUCGAUCUGGAAAAAGCCGACUCGGAGAGCGGCGCGGCAAAAGAACCUUCUGAAACUAAUCCCGCCGUUGCCACGCAGGAGAACGCCGCCACUUCGCCUCCAGGAACGUGCGCGGCCAAGCCUCCGGGGGGCGGCGGCGCGAGCCCCAGCGUGCCGGUCAGCAGCCCCCUUCACGGGCCGGACAGCCGCGACCACAACCCGGCUUUCCCCGGCAGAGUUUUCUCAGGAAGUGCUCCGGCAACACCGGUCAGACCGAGCAGCUUCCCCCCGGAGCAGCCCGGCGCCCCCCCGUCCUCCGGCGGCGUCAACGGAGGGGGGGUCCACAAGAAGCAGGUGUCCGCCUCGUCUCAGCAGGGAGACUUCAGAAUCCGGCUCUCGGACGUUUCGGACGUGUCCGCUUUUCAGGCCGGCGUUCCCGAACCGGCAGUGGUGGCGAAAAAGACGGUGACGCUCGACACGGCCACAGAAAUAGACUCCAUUUCAUCCGGCUGUAAGGUGUAUGCCAAUAUCGGGGAGGACACGUAUGACAUUGUCCCUCUUAAGGAGGAUCCUGGUGAAGGAGGCUCCAAAGCAAAUAAAGGAAAGAGAUCUUUAAUGGCAACUCCUCUGAAACCCGUUGAUAAGGCCCCUUUGUCCCCAAAGGCCGGACCACAGAAGAAGAGGACCAAAACGGAGCUGGAGGACCACUACGAGCUCAUCAUGGACGGGAAGACUUUCUACGUGUGUGUCGUAUGUAAGCGGCCCUACGUGUGUCUCCCGAGUCUCCGCCGCCACUUCAACACCCACUCGUGGGAGAAGAAGUACCCGUGUCGCCACUGCGACAAGGUUUUCGCCCUCGCCGAAUACCGAACUAAGCACGAGAUCCACCACACCGGCGAGCGGCGCUACCAGUGCCUGCUGUGCAACGAGAUGUUCAUAAACUACCAGCUGCUCUCCACCCACUGCAAACAAGUCCACAACCAGGACCCCAGCGGCAAGAAGGAGAAGGACGACGGCGCCAACAACCUGUACCGCCUGCUGCCGUGCCGGACGGUGCCCAUGAAGUCCUACUCGUGGGUGACCGACGGGCCGGGGGACCCGCUGGGGUCGGACGGCGGCGGGGGCGGGCGGCACAGGGACUCCGUUCACCCCUCCGUGCAGAGCAGGAUGUUGAACUGGGACGACAUAUUCGUGGAGCCCGACGCCCGGCUGCCGCCGAGCAGCCACAAGCAGCCGGCGGCGGGGGGGGCGGCGGCCAUUAACGCCACGCCGCCGGGACCCUCGGAGUUUGAGUUUGUUACACCAGAACGCUACUAA